AAGAACCAGCCAACGGUCCGGCAGGUAGAGCCAUCCAAGAAUGCCAGAGCCAACGACAAUGUCGGACAGAGGCUGUUUUCCUGCACGGUACUAGGAAGGCGCUGAAGCAGCGGCCAGCCUCGCUCGACUUCGGCAGCCCGGGGUUCAACGGAACUCCAUUCUCUCCAGGCUUUGUGGUUGGUCGCGCGGGGUUCGUAAGCAAGGGACUUCUGCCGUCACACGUCAGCUCAGGCGUGUUUCCUAGCCCCGGCACACCAAGCUAUCCCCGCCGGCACGGUUCAUCCGUCUUGGGGUACCAAAAGGGGUGGAGCUCGGAGAGAGUGCCCCUUCCUUCAAAAGGUAACAACAACAGGAGGUACCCAGCCACCAGCAUGGCAUUUCCUUUCAACAACGGGAGGACACUGCCCUCGAAAUGGGAGGACGCGGAGAGGUGGAUCUUCAGUCCGAACUCCACUGAUGCGCUUGCCAAGACCUCGGCGGUGCCCCAUGCUCGGCGACCCAAGGCCAAAAGUGGCCCUCUAGGACCUCCUGGAAGACUUGGUGGGCAGUAUUCGUCGGUGUCUUCAUCUGUGUCAUUGUUUGACAGCGGGAGAGUUGGGCAUUUGACAGCAAACUCACCUUUCUUGGCGGGAGUACUGAUACCGGAACAUUAUUGUGGGGGGAAAAGUAAUGUUGGGAAGAAUACAAGCAGAAUUCUAGGUGAUGAAUUCGGUAUUGGCAUUGUUGGCAUGUCUUGUCUAGCAAACAGCGGGUCUGCUGCUAUCCAGUCUACCAGAGUGCGCCGGCGACUAGAUACUGCAGUUGACUCAUCUGCUUCAUUGCCUAGCACACAAGAAUCUACACAAGACGAACAAAUUGAGUCUAUAGAAGAUUCAGCCUCCAUUAUUAUCCCUACAGUUUCAAGGAAGGAUACUGCAACUCAAACUAGCCCAGAGCUAAGUAGGUCCUCUUCGCCCAGUGCUAGACCUUCAUUUGCCCGCUCAUUCUCGAUGCAACAAGCCAGAGAGAGGGAGAGCCGUUUCUCUGAUGUUGAGAUCAGGGACGUGCAGAUGGAUGACCGAGUGACUCUCACCAGAUGGUCCAAGAAACAUGUAACACCAGCCUCUAGCAAGAAUGCAGCAAAUAUAUUAGAGUGGAAUAAAAAGACGGUGGACUCUAAAUCUCCUUCGUGGAAAUCAACUGAAGCAGCGUACAUAUCAAAGGUUGAGAAAGAAGAAGCAAAAAUUGCUGCUUGGGAGAAUCUUCAAAAAGCCAAAGCUGAGGCUGCAAUUCAGAAAUUAGUGAUGAAACUCGAGAAGAAACGGUCAUCUUCUCUGGACAGGAUUUUGAGCACCCUGAGGUCUGCUCAAAGAAAAGCACAAGGGAUGCGUGAUGAAGCAACAGCAAGCCAAGAUGAACAACUUUCCAGGAAGGCCAAAAAGACAUCACAUGCUACAAAGAAUGGCCAGAUCAGAUCUCUGAGUGGCUGCUUCACUUGCCAUGCUUUCUAGUAUCAUGGAUCCCACUGCUGAGCAUCAGGACCGAAGUCAGACCUUGAGCGGCGUCGUUGCAGAAUUCAAACCAUCCUUCCAUCAGCUGUAGACUGAACCCCGUGGCGUUUUCAGAAUAUGCCGCUGCAGAUCUGAGGGGACCGUGCGUGCAUGCGUUGUCAAGAUAUGGAUUUGCUACAGUAUAUGUUUGGAAUCUGCCAAGGGGACAAGAGAAAAUGGAGCCACCGAGGAAAGGAGCGGGAUACUUCUGCUUCAUCCCAUGUGCCCGCUUUGAUGCCACGCCCAGCUAGCGGUUAGCAUAAUGGUAGAGGCCUCCUCUAUCAUUAGGCCCUUGCUAGCCUUGUGUAGUAGUAGUUGCUAGCCAUUGCGUGCCUGUGCUUCAGGCCUUGUGCCCUUGUAGCUAGGAAGGUGUUGUUUCUGCUUUUGGUGUAGUGCUUCAGGUGUAAUGCAGUGUAUGCAGUACUCGUUUGGGAGAUAUGUUGGGUGGGAUGAAUGUACACCACCGUAGAGCAUGUACUGCUUUAUUUGCUAGAAUUGUUGCCCCCUCU